AUGAAGAUAGAAAGCAAUGAGGAAGCAAACCAUCUGACUAAAUGUGCAGUCUCAUCAACAACAGUCUCAGCCUAUAAGCCUGAAACCACACCCACAGUCAGCGGGAUCUGCACAGUGGUCAAGCAGCUCAGUCAGAAGGCAAGGCAGAAUCAACCCUCAACAGAUCUAUAUGUUUUCUCAGAUGGAUCAGAACGGAGCCUUGACAACAGCAGGCAGGUGGGCUAUGGCUUCAUAGUCUAUCAGGGAAAUAAACAGCUGGCCAGCUUCUCAGCUGCGCUGAGCCCUAUGUCACAUGUCUUCGACGCUGAGGCAGUUGGUGCCUGCCGGGCAUUAGAGUGCGCUGUGAAGCUCCUACCUUGUGUCACAGAGGACAGCAGCAACCCUCAGAUCUGGCUCUGCCUCGACAACACCUCAGUCAUCUGGGGCAUACGGGGCGGUGCAGCAGCCUCCUCAAACUGGGCCUACAACCGCUGCCAUGAGCUCCUCAGACAGCACAAUGUCGGCCUGAAGUGGGCUCCUGGGCAUAUGGGGAUAGAGGGCAAUGAGGAAGCAGACCGCUUGGCUAAGCGGGCAGUCUCAUCCACUGCAGCCCCAGCCUAUGGUCUCGAGGCCACACCCACAGUCAGUGGGGUCCGCACAGUGGCCAAGCAGCUCAGCCAAGAGGCAAGGCGAAAGUGGUGGAGUGGAGCCUGUGGCAAGCUCUCUGACUGGUACCGGGGCUGGAGUUUCAGCAGGCCGACUGUGGAAUACCAAGUGAAGGCCCCUCCGGAGCUCACCAUGCCACGGCAUGCCCUUCACCGCUGGCUCGCACUCUGCUCCUCUCAUGGGGACUUCUCCUGGUACCACAGGCGUUUCCAGCAUGCAGAUGCGAGGCUCACCUGUGUCUGUGGACACAACAAGAGCCCAGAACAUUUGGUGCUCUGUCGACACUCACAGAGGCACUUUCUUCACUGGCCCAAGAGGCCAGCAGCACGGCCACACAACCGGGCGACAGCUGUUGCCUAUCUAGGGUCUCUGACCCCUACAGACUUUGUAGAACUGCUGGACUGCACGCAGUUCUACACACGGUACUGCACAAGGUAA